AUGUUGCGUCUUGCUGUUGUCGUGUUGUCCUUCCUUUCAUGCAGUUCAUACGCGUAUUUUGUGACUAUCGAUGCUUACGCGGAGCAGUGUUUUUUUGAUAGAGCUAAACCCGGUGACAGACUCACUCUCUUUUUCGAAGUUUCCGAGGGUGGGUUCUACGACAUUAAUGUUAAGUUGACGGCACCAGAUGGAUCUACUCUAUACAAAAUUGAGAAAGAAUCUAGUGGUCAUUACUCAUUUACGGCUAAUACUGAGGGAAAGUAUACCUACUGCUUCAACAACAAGAUGAGCACCGUCACCCCAAAGACUGUACUUUUUGCCCUUGAAAAGGGGAGCCAAAAGCUAGGAAAAGAGGAGGGUAUAGCACCUGAACAGAGCAAACUUAUUGAUAUGGUUAAUGAACUCUCUAAUGCUGUUCUUAAUGCCAAGCAUGAGAUGGAGUACCUGGAGGUUCGUGAAAAUCUUCACCGCGCAAUUAAUGAGAACACAAACUCCCGCGUUGUGAUGUGGGCUGCCUUUGAGGCGAUCAUCAUUGUUGGAAUGAGCUUGGGUCAAGUUUACUAUCUGAAGCGCUUCUUUGAGGUUCGUCGUAUGGUGUAG